AUGGCCUUUAAUCUUAAGUUCGCAAUGAUUGCGCUAUUGAUACAUCAUUCCAUAACAGCUUCUGCCUGUGCGCCCACAGCUAUAGUAGAACAGAAUGAAGGAGAAGGAGGGAAGUCUGAUGAUUCAGCAGAAGUCAAUAAGAGCGAGCUGCGAAAAAUGUGCUCAGCACGUUUCCCCGAAGGAAUGCCUAAUUAUGGUCGUGACCAUCAUCGAAGCCUUCAUCUUCAUCUUCAUCAUUAUCAUCAUCCAAGGUACGUGAUGUGGAGCGGUUUUCGAAUACGUUCGUAUGGUCGAGUGAUCAAAUUGAUCAAGGACAGGAUUGCCUCCGAGACCGCUUGUCAGUUAGUGGACACUUGA